AUGUGGAAAACCAUUAUCUCAGCCGGCCAGCAAGCCACCCGGAGCCAGGUCCCCAAACCUACUAUUCAAUCCCUCGCCACCCCGACAGCAACAAGAACGCCCUUUAGCACAACCCCGAUUUCCCAGAUCGAAAAGGGUCAGGGCCCGCUCGACCGAGAAACCUUGAACCCGGAGCGCUCAGAGACUGCCAAAUCUGGUACGGACGGCGAAGUGGCCAAACAUCCUUCUUCAUUCGACCCGACGAACACAGCACCGGAGAGCGAACUCGCGGCCAAUGAAAAGGAAAGCAGGCAAGAAGGCAAGAAGAGUCCGCUGGAUAUGAGCCCAGCCAAUAGGGAUGCCAGCGCUUGGAGGACCAAGGAGGAGGACGGACCUGUUCGGAAUCAGGAUCGUGGGGUUUCCAGCUCCCGCGGGACGCCAAAUAAGGCUCGUAGUAUUCAUGUGAAGGAGGAUGGGACUCAUGUUUCAUACCGAGAUUGA